AUGUUCAUGUUCCAUUCGCCGAUCUAUCAAAGUGCCAUAACGCACCGCUACGAACUGACUACUGUUCUUCGACAAGAAAACAAAGAGUUUCUCGAUGCACUGAAAGAAAUCAGGAUUGGUCAGUGUAGCGAGAAGACCUUUGAAUAUAUCAACUCCCUUUCAAGAUCCCUCGAGAUAUCAAAAGACGAGAUGAGCCACAUCUAUUUCAAAAGGUUACCGGUAGCAUUACAUAAUCGCCUGGCCUUACAGGAUCUCCCUUUCCCUGAGUACACCUUCGAGGCUGAGCACACCGAUCAAACUCAAGGCAUGGACUGGCCGGGUUCUUCAGUGUUGCACCUAAGGCCCGGCUGUCCGGUUAUGCUAGUGUGGAAUUUAAACGAAAAAUUAAGAAACGGUAGUCGAGGAAUCUUUGAGGAGUGUGAUGGAGAUAGGCUGCAAGUUUCAUUUUCGGGCGUUGGUUCUAUUACGAUCGAAAGGCAAACGUGGUUUCAAAGGAACAAGCAAGGAAAUGUAUUAGGCAGUAUUUGCCAGUUUCCGAUUGUGUUGGCUUACGCUGUGACUUGUCACAAGUCGCAGGGGUUGACUCUAUCUGCAGCCGUCGUCCACUGCUCCAAGGAAUUUGUACCAGGACUAACAUACGUGGCACUAUCACGAGUAAAGGAUCCACAGAAUCUCCAAGUUUUAAACUUCAAAUCAAAAAGCUUGCUCCCGCCUAGCUCUCGAGUUUUACGUGAAUGUUCAACUGACCUCGGUCAGCUAGAAGAAGAUCUAAAAUGUUGUCUUAAUCAAGAUCUAUCACAAGAGUUAUUUGAAGUUCACGACAGAUUUUCCCUAGAGGAAAAUGAUUGCGAUGAGACGUGCACUUUUCCAGAGGAACUUAGCGAUGGGCCUGUUGCUUCUUAUUUCGAGAGACGAUGA